CGGCUACCUGAGGGCCCGGCGCCGCGUGGCGGCGCUGAGGGGUCGCCGAGAGGAGCUCCGCGGCGUCUGUUGGAGCCGUUCCCUCGUUGGGCCGCCGGCGAGGGCAUGAGCGCGGACUCCCUCUGCCUCCAGAGCGGCGGGAGCGGCGAGGGGAGAAGGCGCCGCUUGGAGGCCACCGUCCAGGGCAGCGCCGGGGGAGAGCAGGGCGGGAGAUGUGCCUGUCCUUAGCGGCCCAGGAAGCAGCAUGCACCCCGAGGCCACCGACAGCAGCGGCGCCAGCCUCACGGAAGCCCCGGGCGAGCGGCGGCCGGAUUCCCGGGAGGACGCGGCAGCCCCCGGGGGCCCUGGCGGCGGGAGCUGGCGGGCGCCGGUGGCCGUGGCCGCCCUCGCCGCCGUGCCCCUCUGCUUCCUGGGGCCCGGCUGCUGGGAAGCGGGAAGCGCGGGGCCGGGCACCGUCCUGCUCAGGCUCAGCCUGUACCUGGGCUGCGCUGCGGCCGCCUUCCUGCUGGGGACCUUGUUCUCCCUGGUCUGCCGGAGCCCGCAAGCUCCGCCGCCCGACUUCGCCGCCGCCUGGAGACGGCUGGCCGCGGCCGCCCGCCGCCCGCCGGAGAGCCCUGUGUGUGGAAACUCACACGAGUCAGUUCAGUCUAGAAGGGUAGUCAUUUCUCAUAACAUGGACAAGGCUCUGAAAGAAGUGUUUGACUACAGUUACAGAGACUACAUCCUGUCCUGGUAUGGAAGCCUCAGCAGAGACGAGGGGCAGCUCUACCACCUGCUUUCCGAGGACUUCUGGGAAGUUGUCAGACGGCUGCGCCACAGGCUGAGCCGCGUGGACAUGGUCAGAGUUGUCUGCAGUGAUGUCGUGAGAGCUUUACUCGCUCACUUCUGUGACCUGAAGGCGGCAGACGCCAGACAUGAAGAACAGCCGAGGCCCUUUGUGUUGCAUGCAUUCUUGAGGAACUCAGAUGAUGAAGUAAGAUUUCUACAAACGUGUUCUCGGGUUCUGGUGUUUUGUCUCCUUCCCUCAAAGGAUGUCCAGUCUCUCAGCUUACGCAUAAUGCUCGCAGAAAUUCUCACAGCAAAAGUCUUAAAGCCAGUAGUGGAGUUACUUAGUAAUCCAGAUUACAUUAACCAGAUGUUGCUUGCCCAGUUGGAGCACAGAGAACAGGUGAAUGAACAUCACAAGAGAGCCUACACGUAUGCUCCCUCCUAUGAAGAGUUCAUCAAGCUUAUUAACAGCAACUCUGAUGUUGAGUUCUUGAAGCAACUAAGAUGUCCCAUGGUUCCUCUUGCUGAUGGCAGUGGGUCAGUAAACCUGAGGCUGUUGGACUACAGUGACCCUGGUGGUCUUCGAUUGAUCAGGCUGAGACACUAUUAUGGUCCGGAAAAAAAGUAUCAAAUUGUAGUGGAAAUAAUCCAAGCAACUACAAUUAGCAGCUUCCCCCAGCUGAAGAGGCACAAGGGUAAAGAAACUGCUGCUAUGAAGGCUGAUCUCCUGAGGGCCAGGAACAUGAAAAGGUACAUUAACCAACUGACUGUGGCAAAGAAGCAGUGUGAGAAGAGGAUCAGAAUCCUGGGAGGCCCUGCCUACGACCAGCAAGAGGAUGGGCCCUUGGAUGAGGGGGAAGGGCCUCAAAGCCAGAAGAUUCUUCAAUUCGAAGAUAUCUUGGCCAAUGCUUCCUACCGAGAGCACUUUCGAACAUACAUGGAAAGGAUGGACAAGAGAGCUCUGAUUAGCUUUUGGGAGUCUGUGGAAUAUUUAAAGAAUGCUCACAAGAACGAAAUUCCACAAUUAGUUGGUGAAAUUUACCAGAAUUUCUUCGUGGAGAGCAAAGAAAUAUCUGUGGAAAAAUCACUUUACAAAGAAAUCCAGCAGUGUCUUGUAGGAAAUAAAGGAAUCGAAGUGUUCUGCAAAAUCCAGGGAGACGUUUAUGAGAUGCUGAAGGAUAGGUAUUACCCUUCAUUUAUUGUCAGUGAUCUGUAUGAGAAAUUGAUGAUAAAAGAGGAAGAAAAGCAUGUCUCCCAGUUGAUUUCCAACAAGGAUGAAAUGGACCCGGGAGGUGAGGCUGGUGAGGAAUCUGUGGAUGACGGCACCAGUCGGAUUAAUGAACAAACCAGUUUUGCUGUAAACAAACUACGAGAACUAAAUGAGAAACUUGACUAUAAGAGGCAAGCUCUAAAUUCUAUUCAAAAUGCACCAAAACCUGACAAGAAGAUUGUUUCUAAGUUGAAGGAGGAAAUAAUUCUAAUAGAGAAAGAACGCACAGAACUUCAGCUGCACAUGGCAAGAACAGAUUGGUGGUGUGAGAACCUCGGUAUGUGGAAAGCCUCCAUCACCAGUGGAGAGGUUACAGAAGACAAUGGUGAACAAAUGCCCUGUUACUUUGUCAUGGUAAGCUUACAAGAAGUUGGAGGAGUUGAAACUAAGAACUGGACGGUCCCCAGAAGGCUCAGUGAGUUUCAGAAUUUACACCGGAAACUUAGUGAGUGUUUCCCUUCUUUAAAAAAAGUCCAGUUGCCUUCUCUUAGCAAGCUGCCUUUCAAAUCUGUAGAUCAAAAGUUUAUGGAAAAGUCAAAGAAUCAAUUAAAUAAGUUUUUACAGAAUCUGCUUUCAGAUGAAAGACUGUGUCAGAGUGAAGCACUUUAUGCCUUUUUGAGCCCUUCUCCUGACUACCUCAAGGUUAUUGACGUGCAGGGGAAGAAGUCCACUUUUUCAUUAUCCUCAUUUCUGGAAAGACUCCCUCGCGACUUCUUCUCCCAUCAGGAGGAGGAGGCAGAGGAGGACAGUGACCUGUCAGAUUGCGGUGAUGACGUGGAUGGAAGGAAAGACUCCUUGGCUGAACCAUGUUUCAUGCUGAUUGGGGAGAUUUUUGAACUUCGAGGAAUGUUUAAAUGGGUGAGAAGAACAUUAAUUGCUCUCGUUCAGGUCACUUUCGGAAGAACCAUCAACAAACAACUCCGGGACGCAGUGGACUGGGCUCUCAGCGAGCAAAUGGUGGUCUACUACAUCGGCGCUCUCCGGGAUGCUUUGUGGCCCGGUGGGAAUUUGGCACCUCCGAACACAAUCCCAAGUGAAGAGCAAAGCCAGGAAACAAAGCGGAGAGCACAGCAGAAGCUGCUUGAAAACAUUCCAGAUAUGCUUCAGAGCCUUGUUGGACAGCAAAAUGCCCGUCAUGGUAUAAUAAAAAUAUUCAACGCACUGCAAGAAACGAGAGCCAAUAAGCAUCUGUUAUAUGUGCUGAUGGAACUGCUGCUAAUUGAAUUGUGUCCUGAGCUGAGAACUCACUUAGAUGAACUUAAGGCUUGUCAGGUUUGAGACUCCACAAAUAAACCAUCAGAGAAAUGUCUGUAAUAAUAGACAUGAAACAUUUUCCUCUUUUCCACAGAGGGCUUGACUGAGAACCAUACCGAUCUUUUAGUUACCUCCCUCUUGUUCUAUGUGAAUUAAGCAGAAUUGGGGGGAAAACUUGAUGCUGUAUAUUAGGCAACAGAAAAAAACACUUGUUAAUUAUUUUUAUUUUAAUAUAAAUCCUUUAAAGGUCAACAUACUGAUUGAAAUAUAAGUGUUAAUAUGUGAUAAGAACCUAGGAAAUAUUUUAAAUAUUUAUUAAGUUUUGUUUUAAAGUUUGUUUUAAAUGAAUUAUGAACGUUGUACAGUUGAUUUCCUCACUGAGGAGUCUGAACAUUCCUCUAUUCGUGUGUGUUGAAUACUGUUGUGCAAUGCUUUGUGUGAAGUUAUUGUGAAAAUUUUAUUGUCUUUAUUUUUACCAAAGAUUUCCCAUAGUUUGAAGCAUCUGAAGCAAUAAAAUAUGAAAAUGAAUCAUA